UUUAAUCAAUUAUGCUGCCUAACAUAACCAAAAUUCCUGUUAACGUAAUAUUGCCGGUCGUUUAUAAAUCAAAGUCAACAAAAUUGAAUCAAAUAUUUACACGUCAUUUUCAUACAAAUGAAUUGAAAAGACGGUUAAAAGCAGAACAAAAAUUAGAAAAAAAUGCAGAGAGAGGAGCACAAGCACUUACAGCAACAGCCCAAACUAAAGCUGAGGAAAAAAAGGAAAUUAAAGAAGAGGAUAUUAGUCCAAAUGAGUACGUUAAACUCAGGACACAAGCAAUUAAUCACCUCAAAAAUGCAAACGAUACUCCAUAUCCACAUAAAUUUCAUGUAUCAAUUUCAUUAGAAAAUUUUAUUGAGAAAUUUAGUGACAAUUUGAAAGCCGGAGAAGUAUUAAAUAACGAAGUACAUAGCAUAGCUGGCCGUGUACAUGCAAUUAGAGAAUCUGGCGCUAAACUAAUCUUUUAUGACCUCAGAGGAGAAGGAGUCAAAGUUCAAGUAAUGGCAAAUGCAAGAAAUUAUAAAGAUCAAGAAAAAUUUGCCAUUGAUAUUUCUAAAGUAAAGAGAGGUGAUAUUAUUGGCAUAGUUGGAAAUCCUGGAAAAACUAAAAAGGGUGAAUUUUCCAUUAUGUCACAUAGUAUUACUCUCUUGAGUCCUUGUUUACAUAUGUUACCAAAUAUUUAUUUUGGAUUAAAAGAUAAGGAAACACGAUUUCGUCAACGUUAUUUAGAUCUUAUAUUAAAUGAUAAAGUAAGAAAAACGUUUUAUAUUCGAGCAAAAGUAGUUGCUUAUGUCCGUAAAUUCCUUGAAGAACUUGGAUUUUUAGAAGUUGAAACACCUAUGAUGAAUAUGAUUGCUGGUGGUGCAAUAGCUAAACCUUUUGUUACACACCAUAAUGAAUUAAAUAUGGACUUAUAUAUGCGCAUUGCUCCAGAAUUAUAUCAUAAAAUGUUGGUAAUAGGAGGAUUGGAUAGAGUAUAUGAGAUUGGUAGACAGUUUAGAAAUGAAGGAAUAGAUUUAACACAUAAUCCAGAAUUCACAACUUGUGAAUUCUAUAUGGCUUAUGCAGAUUAUAAUGACUUGAUGUCUAUUACGGAAGAUAUGGUGUCAGGAAUGGUGAAAGCUAUACAUGGUAGUUAUAAAAUAACAUACCAUCCAGAUGGUCCAGAGGGUGAAGCAGUAGAAAUUGAUUUUACACCACCAUUUAAACGAAUUUCAAUGCUAAAAGCUCUAGAAGAAGUUUUAAAAAUUAAAUUACCUCCAGCAAAUGAAUUAAAUACUCCAGAAACGAAUCAAAUACUUAACGAACUUUGUACCAAAUAUGAAAUUGAGUGUUCUCCACCAAAAACAACAGCUAGGUUAUUAGAUAAGCUUGUUGGAGAAUUUAUAGAAGAAACUUGUAUCAAUCCUACAUACAUUUUGGAUCACCCACAAAUUAUGUCUCCAUUAGCAAAAUGGCAUCGUUUUGAACAAGGUUUAACAGAACGAUUUGAAUUAUUUGUUAUGAAAAAAGAAGUUUGCAAUGCAUACACAGAAUUGAACGAUCCUAUAGUUCAAAGAGAAAGAUUCGAGCAACAAGCAAUGGAUAAAGCAGCUGGAGAUGAAGAAGCCCAAGUAGUUGAUGAAAAUUUUUGUACUGCAUUGGAAUAUGGUUUACCACCAACUGCUGGCUGGGGAAUGGGUAUUGAUCGUAUUACUAUGUUGCUUACAGACUCAAAUAACAUUAAAGAAGUAUUGCUAUUCCCACAAAUGAAACCAGAUGAUCCAAAUAAAAAUCAAGGAAUAUCUGAAGAUAACAAAAAACCAAAUGAUGAUAAGACAAAUCAUGUGGAAAAAUGA